AAGACCAUGAACCAUUUCAUUGUUGCCAUAUUUUGUCACCAAAAUAUGCGAUUGUUUGAAUGAAGAAAAAAAAAAGUGUAACGAUUUGAAUGAGAAAGUUUCCCAAAUCCAUUAAAUGGCCCGGCAACAGCUCGACCUUCAACCCUUCGGAAGAGGGGCGACCCUUGCGGGGCGCAGGACUGUUUACACGACCCAAAGCGGAACUAUUUACAUAUUGCGACCUUCAAGGAAUAUGUCUGAAAAGAUGAAUCUGGUUGAUGCUUUGGAAAACCUUUACAUUGACCCGUUUCCCACAAAAGCUUACAAUAAAAUUGUCGAACAGUUAAAAAAAAUCACAUCAAUUAUGGAAGAAGUAAACGAGCGUAGAGUUUGUUGCAUCGGUGAUAUUCUCGCAAAAUUAUCUGAUGUUGAUUCCUUCGAAACAGCAGAAUUUCCGAAAAAUCAGAUCAUUUCAAGCGUGGAACUUCACAAAAUGUUAACACAAAUGAAUAUUUCGAACAAAUUCAACACUUUAUUGCAAAAAUUGCUUGUUUAUAUCGUAAUUAAGCUGAAUCGUUGCACAAAUGAAGAUGCAGCUUCUAUCCUAAACGACUUUAGAGAACUCAAAAUUUGUAUUUUCACAUAUCGUAAAAACUCCACUUGGAACAACACGAAAUUGGAUCAAAUCAUUGAAGCGUUCGUUGAAAAGCUAAUUAGGAAUGUUAAAGAGUUAAAUGUUGAUAAUUGCGAGCAAAAGCUUCAUUUGUUCAGCAUUAUGAGGAUAAUGAUUACAGAGUUCGGUAAACAUUCAUUUUAUAGUGCUAUAAUAGUUGGACAAUUAACACAAGAGGUCAAGAAACAUUACGAACAUUUGAAGGAAAAUGGGGACUUGCAAAUUAAUGAUUAUGUUCUUGAGAAUUUCCUGACUUACCUAUUUAUUAUCAAUGAUAUCAUUGGAACAAACAUUAAAAGUAUCAAAAACAAUAACGGUAAAGAAAUUUUAACAGAAUUAAAAACCGUUUUGGACGACAAAGAAAUUCAAGGCAAAAUGUGCCCCCAGGAAGCUUACAUUGUCCAGAAUAUUUUGCGAGUUGUUGAUGUUUACUUAGCAGCAGAAUAAAAUGUUUAUUUUCAA